AUGGCCAUCACAAGAAAAACAGUCAGCAUUAUCUUGAGAUCAGCUGAAUUUUUGUUCAGUGUCGUUGUAUUGGGCCUCAGUGCCGGUGUUUUAGCAGGCUAUAACUCCAACAUCCCCAGCGUCACUCUCAACUUGGUUGUUGCCAUCCUUGAUAUCAUCUGGUUAGCAUAUGUUGCAUUCAUUGCACCAAGCGUGUUUGCCGGUCAAACUCCAACUGUUCUCGUUUUGACUUGUCAAGUUAUACUUUGGGCCCUUUACCUUGCCGCUUGGGUUGCUGUCACUGCUGAUUUCCCCAAAAAUUGUAAUGAAUCGAUUUAUAUGCGAGACUCAAUUGAUACUUGUCGUGCUAAUCAAGCAAUUUUGGCGUUCUCGAUAUUGAAUUACGUUGUGCUUAAUACAGAACUUGCCGUGUUCUACCAGCACAGUUUAAUCCCAGAAGCUAAAACCUUUGGAGGUAGACAUUUGUUGCAGAAGACAACUUACGUUUGGGGAACCUUGUUCAAUGCUGAUACAGCAUCGAGUGUAAAGAGUUGUACUGGCUUUAGCACUGGUGUUGAUGCCAAUAAGGAUAGAGACUAUAAUUCUCAUCGUGUUGAUGAAGAGUCGACUGUCGGUAACCAGGUGAACGAUGAGAAAACAUAG